GGAUGCCAAGACACAGGAUGACAAGUUGCAAGUGGUGUACUCAGGCAUGGAGGACCUCUGUACGGAACAGGGCCAACACUUUCUGUUUGACCCCCAGAAGAUGACUGUCGAUAGCUUCUUCAUAGAACUGAGUACCUUUAGAAAUAUGUUCCUGCAAGCUGUCAAGGAGGAUCAGAAGCAGCAUGGAACGCAUGAUAUGCCGUGCAAAGCUGGCGAAGGAGGAGGCAGAGAAGAAACGCCGGGAGUGACGGCAGCAGAGAGGACAACUGCUACGCACGAAUGCAGGAACACAUCGGUUGAGCUCUGCUAUCAGGAGCAUCACCUUAAAUGUGUAGCACCUCCCUGCCUUCCUACCCACCUUCUCCAGAUGCCUUUUCCUAUUGCAGGCGGUGGUGGAAGCACAGAGAGGGAACAUCUCAAAUCAGGAGCUGUUGUCACGGAAACAGAGAUCUGCAGAGAGCCCCCGCGCUUGGCGUUAACCGCCUCGGUGCCGCACCGAUGGCCGGAGGAGGAUGCGCAGGACGGCGAGCAGCCCCGGGAGGCUGCUCUUAAAGGCCUGCAGUGGCUAACGGGGCCAGAAUGAUGGAUGUUGUAUAGGAAGCUUUGCAGUCCGGUGGCCUGUCCCGCUGGAGCAGGGGAGUGGGGCACGGAAGGUGCUGCUCGCUGGGCUGGGCUGCUUCCACGCUUCUUCCCACAGGGAGCUCCGGAGCUGGUAAGGGAAGGAAAAAAAUAAUGCCUGCUAUUACUGCUUGCUGUUUGUUCCUUCCUCUCAGCUGUCAAGGAAACCAUGGUGUGGUUCACAUACCCAGCUGGUAUGGCUGCAGUUGCUGACGUGUUACGUCCUUUUAAUCCGUACCCAAAAUAGCUUCUCCACCCCUCCAUUUGUGCCGGCUUACACAGCACCUUUCACUGUGCACUCCCGCCUGCCGUCAUCCGUUCUCCCGCCCAGUGGUGUGGACUGGGACACCAGACUUUUCCUUAGAAUCAUA